UCUAACGGCAACCGACACACAACCGGGAGGCGCGCCAAAUGUGCAAGUCCGAAUGCGUGGUUAUUCAUCUCCUCUCUAACCUAGACUAGCCUAUAUAUCUAUAAGAUAAAUUCAUUUAAUUUCAACAGUCAUUUUGGAAGAUAAAAAGGGUUUCAACGACGGCAAGCUGAACAGAAGAGGUAGCUUAUUUGAUAGCGUCGCAUCAUCUCCGUGUUUUCUCUGUAGCUCGACUCGAACGCCUUGAACAUCAGCUCGAUUCCAUCCAGAAUGGUGUCUGCUGAUUGAAGAAUCCACCCUGCUGUGCUGCUCAUGUGUUCUGGGUUUCUGACGGACCGUUCUGACUUCUUGAGCCGUAUUUUUAUUGACUGAACUGAUAAACAUUCGUCAUUCUAACAUUGAUCGGAGUGGACUGGAGUCAGAGGCUGACUGGAAAUACAUUUUGCCCUCACACCAUCGUAACGCAUGGUGGGAAUUGUGCAUCUUUUCAGUAUCACACUGAGAAGUGCUCCACUAUGCCCGACUCACCUGCGGAUGUGAAAACACAAUCCAGGUUAACUCCAACCACCAUGCCUCCUCCUCCUCCAACCACCCAGGGAGCCCCUCGAACCAGCUCCUUCACACCUACUACAUUAACCAACGGCAACAACAGCCACUCCCCCACGGCGUUGAACGGAGCGCCUUCGCCACCAAAUGGCUUCAGCAACGGCCCUAGCUCCUCCUGCUCUUCCUCGCUGGCCAAUAAGCAACUCCCUCCAGCGUGUGGCGCCCGGCAGCUCAGCAAGCUGAAACGCUUCCUCACCACACUACAGCAGUUCGGCAACGACAUCUCGCCUGAGAUCGGAGAACGCGUCCGCACUCUGGUGCUGGGGCUGGUGAAUUCAACGUUAACCAUAGAGGAAUUCCACUCCAAGUUGCAAGAAGCGACCAACUUCCCUCUCCGACCUUUUGUCAUCCCGUUCCUGAAGGCCAACCUGCCACUCCUACAGCGGGAGCUGCUGCACUGUGCCCGUCUGGCCAAGCAGAACCCAGCUCAGUACCUGGCACAACACGAACAGCUCCUCCUGGACACCUCCUCUACCACCUCCCCCGUCGACUCCUCAGAACUACUCCUAGACCUCAACGACAACGGCAAGAGGAGAACACCUGACAGAACCAAAGUGAAUGGCUUCGACAGGGAUGGCCCCCUGCACCUGGAGACCUCCAGUAAGAGACUCUGUACGAUCAGCCCGGCAGGCCAACGGUUCAGCCCCUCCAACGGUCUCUCCUACCAACCUAACGGCCUGGCCCAUGGACACCCCACGCCACCCCCUCCCCCGCCCCCACAGCACUACCGGCUGGACGACAUGGCCAUCACACACCAUUACAGAGACUCACCACACUACCGACACCCCAACCACAACCACCGCGAGCUCAGGGAGAGACCACGGCCACUGGGAAUGCACGGGGCGCGUCAGGAAGAGGUGAUCGACCACCGGUUGACAGACAGAGAAUGGGGGGAGGAAUGGAAGCACCUUGACCAUCGCCUUCCCCCUCCUCAGCUGCUGAACUGCAUCAUGGACAUGUAUCAGUUAUCAGACAGGACCCAGAGCAGACAGCACAGUCCUACAGGACAGGACGACCUCACUACAGAGAUUCACCAGGAGAUUCUCAACAGACCAAUGACGACCGGAUACGUACCUGAAGAGAUCUGGAAGAAAGCCGAAGAGGCUGUGAAUGAGGUGAAGCGCCAGGCCAUGUCAGAGCUCCAGAAGGCGGUUUCAGAGGCAGAGAGGAAGGCCCAUCAGAUGAUCAGCUCAGAACGGUCCAAGAUGGAGCGUACGGUGGCAGAGGCCAAGAGACAGGCAGCGGAGGACGCACUGACUGUCAUCAACCAGCAGGAGGACUCCAGCGAGAGUUGUUGGAACUGCGGGCGGAAGGCGAGCGAGACCUGCAGCGGCUGUAACACGGCGCGUUACUGCGGCUCCUUCUGCCAGCACAAGGACUGGGAGAAACACCACCACGUGUGUGGACAGACCCUCCAGGCCUCCAAGGCAGCCCAGCAGCAGGCUACAGAGACCUCCGCUCCCAUCAGCUCCUCCACUACGCCCUCUAGUGGAAGAUGCAGCCCAGCCGGAACCCCGCCCAUCGCCACACCCCGCUCCGGCACCCCAGGAACCCCCUGUACGCUGGAAACCACGCCGCACUAAACCGGGGGGCCAUCCGGGGAGCCGUCGGAAACUCCCAGUAGCACAACUUGACUGGCUCACUUGAUGCUAAAUGCUAAGGCGCUAACGCUACGACAAGAGAUGUAGACCUAUCUUGGAGUAGUAGAGGCUCCACACGAGACAGGAGGUUUAUACAUGUAGAUCAGUCACAUUGACUUGCCAUGAUUAACAAAGAACACACAAAAAUGUUAUUUGUUUUAAUUAUUAUUAUUAUUGUUGUUGUUGUUGUUGUUAUCAAUGCCCUUAUUGUUGCUAUUGUUAUUAGCGUCCGUUGUCGUCCGUUUGUUGUUGUUGUUGUUUAUUGCUAUUCUUUCAUUCCUUUUUUAAUGUAAAUAUGAAGAUAGAAAGUGAGUGGAUAACAGCAGUGAAACUCCACACAAAUACAUCUGACAUUCCCUUUGUUGAGAUCUGUUUUCUAAAAGCUUUGUUGUUUUCCUCGAUUACCUGGGAUAUAUGAUAUAAAACCAGUUGACCUCAUUAAGACACCAAACAACAUGCCAAUGGAUUAUUACUACAACACAAACACUGUGCAAAAAGCUGAAGCCAACUCUCUUAUUAUGGGAAGACCACAAA